AUGGCGGCGGAAAUCCAACAGCAGGACGCAGCCGAAGGCAUUGUGAUCGCCGGCGCCGGACUGGCCGGCCUCGCCGUCGCUCUGGGACUCCACAGGAAGGGCGUCCGGAGCGUGGUGCUUGAGUCGUCGCCGGAGCGUCGCACGUCCGGCUUCGCCUUCUUCACCUGGACCAACGCCUUCCGCGCGCUUGACGCCCUUGGGGUCGGAGACAAGAUGAGAGGCCGACAUCUGCAGCUGCAGGGGUUGCGGGUCAUGUCUUCGUCUACGGGGGAAAUAGCGCGAGAAAUGGAUCUCCGGGUGAAAGGAAAACUGGGACCCCAUGAAGUCCGCUGCGUGCAGCGUAACGCGCUGCUCCAGGCGCUGGAGGAAGAGCUGCCGCCAGGCACCGUCCGCUACUCCUCCAAGAUCGUUUCCAUCGACGACAAGGACGGCGGCGGCGACGGUGCCAAGAUCCUCCAUCUCGCCGACGGCUCGACUCUCCGUGCAAAGGUGCUGAUCGGUUGCGACGGGAUCAACUCGGUGGUCGCGAAAUGGCUUGGGCUCGCGAAGCCGUCCGAGUCGGGGCGCACGGCCACGCGGGGGCACGCCAGGUACCCCGAAGGCCACGGCUUCGAGCCCAAGAUCCUGCAGUUCGUCGGCGAAGGCUUCCGCGCCGGCUUGGUGCCCUGGAGCGACACCGAUGUCUACUGGUUCUUCACCUGGAGUCCAGCUCCUUCCCAGGAUGCCAACGGCAAGGACGAUGGCGUCGUCGACCGGAGCGCCGCCGCGAUGAAGCAGUUCGUGCUGACCCAGAUGAGGGGCGCCAAGGUGAGCCCUGAGGUGCUGGAGGCCGUGGAGAGGAGCGAGAUGAGCGACGUGCUCGCCGCACCGCUGCGGUUCCGCUCCCCGCUCUCGCUCCUGUUCGCCAGCAUCAGCAAGGGGAACGUGUGCGUCGCCGGCGACGCGCUCCACCCGACGACGCCGGACCUGGCGCAGGGCGCGUGCACGGCGCUCGAGGACGGCGUCAUCCUCGCCCGGUGCCUCGGCGACGCCAUCGUAGGUGCCGGCUCCGGGGAGCAGAAGGAGAGGGCCAUGGCUGCCCUGCGCAGGUACGCUGGCAUCCGGCGGUGGAGAAGCGCACAGGUGAUCGCGGUGUCGUACGCGGUGGGGUUCGUGCAGGAGAGCGACCACUCCGUGGUGAGCUUCGUGCGGGACAAGCUGCUGUCCGGGGUGCUCGCCAAGACGCUGCUCAUGAUGCCGGACUACGAUUGCGGCAAGCUCUGA